AUGAGGCUACCCUUCAAGUACACGCGAGCCCAGCUGGAACUGUUCCGCUUCUCGUUUUGCCUGCUCGCCCCUGUGGGGGUCAUGUACUACAUCGGAACGGACACCGACCGCAAGCUGAACGUGCCUGGCUUCUGGCCAGACCCCGAGUCGCUGAACAAGAUCCCCAAGGAGAAGUACGAGAUCCAGGCCGAGCUGGCACGCAUGCGCAAGGAGCGCUUGGAAAAGCGCUUGAGGCUGGAGCGCAGGUUGGCUGAGGAGUUUGGUCUGGACGUGGAGGCCGAGAAGGCCAAGUUGAGACAAGAGCUUGCCGAGCGCGGCGCGGCGGCCGAGCACUGA